UUUGGGUCCGUAGUGGAUCGUCACUAAUGAAAUGAAUAAUUUUGGUUAAUUUAGGCAAGGUUUUACAGGACAAAAAUCCCAUCCAAUUUUCCCCGUAUAUUUUGGGGAAGUUUACUUUUCUGAUUUGUUCUUAACAUGACUUGCUGUUUCUUCUCUCUGGCAACUGCUGUUUCAUUGUGUACCCAAAAUCUACGCUACUAGGGUUUUUCUCCCUCUCCCUCGUACCUAAAGAUUGGUUUUGUUUUUUCCACAUUUUUGCUUGCCCUGCCAUUUAUAGGGCAUUCUGCAGCUUUGGCUUUGCCAAUUUCUCCAGGAUUUCCAUGGGAUAUGGUGCAAUGCUGGGCAAUUGAGGUCAGGUAACUUGUUUGAUCGAUCAUUAGCUAGGUGGGUUUCGGCUCUCAGUAUUGCAUUUAUGAUUUGUUGUGUUUACCCAUUGAGAGCUUGGUGUUUCUGACACUUGGUCUGAAGAUUUUGAUGUUGUUGUGGUUACCAGAGAUGAUGAAGUGGUGGGGGCUAUAGGGUUGUUUUCUGUGCUUAUUAGUUUCGUAUAUAUAUAUAAUGAUGAAAAGGUUGAAAAAUGAGGCUUCCAGUGUGAGGAGGUUUAAAUUGUCUUAUGUUUUGCUGGGUUUAGCUGCAUUUUACUUGGUUCUUAUCUGUGUGAAGUUUCCGGAGUUUCUUGAGAGUGCGACAGUUUUGAGUGGUGAUGAUGCUGAUGUAGCUCUAGAUGUGGAGGAUGAUAGUGGAGAAUCCAUUUCUGUAUUUCAUAAUAGUGUAAGGGAAUAUGCUCAAGUGAAACCACAAGAAGAGGAUAAUGAAGAUGAAGCUUCUCCCCAUAAAAAGCCUCCUAAGCUUCACUAUGGUCGAAUUACUGCAGCUAUUUUGAAACGGCAGAAUAUGGAGCGGAAUCUUUCUAUUUUGGACAGUAUGGCAGAUGAAGCUUGGACUCUAGGCUCGAAAGCUUGGGAAGAAUUGGAUAAAUAUGAGGAGAAAGGGAUUGAGAUGAAUUCUAUACUUGAGGGGAAGCCUGAAUCAUGUCCUUCAUGGGUUUCUGGUAGUGGAGCAGAAAUUGCUAAAACAGAUCAUAUGAUGUUCCUACCAUGUGGGCUUGCAGCAGGUUCUUCUAUAACACUUAUUGGUACUCCUCAUUAUGCCCAUCAUGAAUAUGUACCACAGCUUGCCAAAACAAGGGCUGGUGAUGCAUUAGUUUUGGUUUCCCAAUUUAUGAUUGAAUUACAAGGUUUAAAAUCUGUGGUUGGUGAGGAUCCACCAAAGAUUUUGCAUCUGAAUCCUAGAAUAAGAGGAGAUUGGAGCCGUCGACCAGUGAUCGAGCACAAUACUUGCUAUAGAAUGCAAUGGGGAACAGCUCACAGGUGUGAUGGUUUGCCUUCCAAGUAUGAUGAUGACAUGCUUGUUGAUGGAUAUUUGAGAUGUGAGAAGUGGAUGCGGAAUGACAUUGUUGAUACUCGAGAGUCGAAAAUAUUCUCAUGGUUUGAUCGAUUCAUUGGACGUGCAAAGAAGCCAGAGGUGACAUGGCCUUUCCCAUUUGUGGAGGGUAGGAUGUUUGUUCUAACUAUUCGUGCUGGUAUUGAUGGCUACCAUAUCAAUGUAGGCGGCCGGCAUGUGACUUCAUUUCCAUAUCGAACCGGCUUCACACUGGAAGAUGCUACAGGGUUGGCAAUCAGAGGUGAUGUAGAUAUACAUUCGGUUUAUGCUACAUCUCUUCCAACCUCUCAUCCAAGUUUUUCUCCCCAAAGAGUGUUGGAUUUCUCAGAGAAGUGGAAAUCUCUUCCUUUACCCCAGAAUCGCAUUCAACUUUUCAUUGGGGUGCUUUCUGCCACCAAUCACUUUGCUGAGCGUAUGGCAAUCAGGAAAACAUGGAUGCAGGCUUCAGCAAUCAAAUCCUCAGACAUAGCGGUCCGUUUCUUUGUUGCUUUGAAUCCACGAAAGGAGUUAAAUGCUAUAUUGAAGAAGGAAGCAGAUUACUUUGGGGACAUUGUGAUUGUCCCCUUUAUCGAUAGAUACGAGCUAGUGGUUCUUAAAACUAUUGCCAUCUGCAAGUAUGGGGUUCAGAAUGUGACAGCUGCAUAUAUCAUGAAAUGUGACGAUGAUACUUUCAUUAGGAUAGAUGCAGUCCUAAGAGAAAUUCAACGUGUCCCUCCUAGACGAUCUCUUUACAUGGGCAAUCUUAAUCUCUUGCAUAGACCACUUCGUACAGGAAAAUGGGCCGUAACUUUUGAGGAGUGGCCAGAAGAUGUAUACCCCCCUUAUGCUAAUGGACCAGGAUAUAUAAUUACAAGUGAUAUUGCCAAACAUAUCAUUUCUCAAUAUCGGAACCAAAGCUUGCGGAUUUUCAAAAUGGAGGAUGUGAGCAUGGGUAUGUGGGUUGAGAGUUACAACAGUUCCACUCCUGUACAGUACUCUCACAACUGGAAGUUCUGUCAAUAUGGAUGUAUGGAAGACUAUUUCACGGCUCAUUAUCAGUCUCCACGACAGAUGUUCUGUCUGUGGAACAAUUUGCUCAAGGGUAAGGCCCAUUGCUGCAACUUUUAAAGUGAUAUGAUCAUUUUUUGCUGCUUGAUGGGCGCGCAAUUUGAAUUGCAUCAUCUUCUUCCUACCUUGAGAUCUUACGCGAAGAAAUGAAGGUGUGUUGUUGUAUCUGUUCAGAUGGCUGUUUUAGUUUAACAUAUGAUUUAACAUGGAACAUUGGUCAUCGCCAUGGAUUUGUACAUCCGGAUUUAUAUACUGUGUACUAGUCGUUGUAUAGGAUUCGUGCCUCUCCGUCUUGUACCAUGAAGAAACAUAGAGAGAUUUGAUAUUGAGCUGAGCCUCCCUCCCCACUACCAUAAUUUUGGGUUGGGGCCUUCACACUUAUGUUUGUCCUUAAUGAUAUAUAUGAAGCUUUUCCUCUGGCAAUGCCAACAUUACUUCUUC